CAAGCCACCAAUAGCUCCAAGCAAUGGAGGGCCUGUGGACUUACCUGCUCUACCUGUAUGGACUCUUUGUGGAUGCCGUGUUCCCAUGUGAGAAUCCUGUGAAGUUGCAUGCUAAUGAACUGAACCGGGACCAGUAUCUUGGCAGGUGGCUCUUCAUUGCAGCUGCAUCAGCAUCAGCAUCGUCGCUGGAGACAUUUGCCUAUGUUGACAGCACCCUGUUUAGUAUGAAUCAGAGUGAGGGCCCAGAGCGGUUGCAACUACGGGCUGCCAUCCGACUGAAAACAGGCCAAUGCGUUCCCAGAUCGUGGAAUUAUUUGCUUAGGGAAGAAAGUGCUGAUCUGGCUACGGAAGGCCGGCCUCACAUGAGGACAGAAUUAUUCUCCGCCAAGUGUCCCAACACCAUCAUUGUCCAGGAGACAGAUCAGGAUUAUCAAAGGAUCCUUUUCUACUCCCGGAUCCUCCGUCCUGAAGAACACUGCCUUGCUGAUUUCUGGAAGAAAGCUUCUUGCCUUGAUCUGAAUGAAUUCCUCCUUAUACCCAGAACUCAAGAUGCCUGUGAAUUCCAGGAAACCUGACCUCUAAUUCUUCGCUGCAUAUCCAGCUCAGCAGGAAGGAAUCACCCCCUUGAAGCUGGCUUGACUCAUCUGCUUGGAGAAGCAAUUGCUUGCAGUUUUAAAUAAAAUUUAUUUUCCAGUGAGAAAACACUUGGCUCUUCCAUAUUUAAAAACAAAGCAAGCCCCUGAAACUAUGGAUAGUCCUCGUUUUACAACAGUUUGUUUAGUGACCGUUCAAAAUUAAAUCGGCACUGAAAAAAGUGACUUAGGACUUUUCCACGUUUAUGACCAUUGCAACAUCCCCAUGGUCACGUGAUCAAAAUCCAAAAUGCUUGGAAACUGGUUCAUAUUUAUGACCUGGGGUGAGAUGAUCUGCUUUUGCGACCUUCUGACAAGCAAAGUCAAUGAAAGAAGGCGGAGUCCCUUAACAUCCCUGUUACUAACUUAAGAAAUGCAGUGAACCACUUAACAACUGAGGCAGGAAUGGUCAUAAAAUGAGGCAAAACUCACUUAACGAAUGUCUCACACAGCAACAGAAAUUUUGGACUCAAUUGUGGUCGUUAAGUCGAGGGCUACCUAUAAAACCUGGAGGCCUGAAACACAUUUGGACCCAGGAAAACUGAUUUGAGGCAAGGAUCAAGGAGACAGCAUCUUUGAAGAAACCUGGUAUUUGCAAAUUCCAGCAUGAAGUGAAUAAUCUGCCCAUCUCAGUGGAAUGUGCAGAUAACAGCUUAGCCCUCCACUGCAUUUCUCCAAUUUUUGCAAUGUUUUUCUGGGCACUUCAAUCAUCUCAAAAGAAGCAUUUAAGUAUUUUAAGUGUUUCUUUAAAUGUCACAGGAUAAACAGAUUAACAGAGUUGGAAGGGAC